AUGAUACGUAUGUAUUUUAUUCCAGGAAUCUGUCCCAUUCAGAAGAUCCCUAUUAAAACCACAGGUUCGCCAUGGCCAGAAGGCAAUGGGUGGGAGUUUGCUUACAAAUUAAACAAUUACAACGUAGACGAAGAUUACCAAUAUUCCGUUGUAUCUUUUGGCGAAGUGACCGAAUCUGUUAAGUGGAUUAGUGAGCUAGAAGUCACCAGGUGCAAUGAGGGCAGAGAUUAUGUUGUAACGUACAAAUUCUAUCCAGAAUACUACAAGGCUGGCACUGAUCUAGACAUUGAGGUCCAUCCAGUUACCCUACUUGAGAGCACUGCUAACAACUUGAACAUCACUCAGACAUUUUUAUGUCCCCCUUAUCAGAGCUAUCUAAAUCUCGAAGUUUGUGCCGAUGUCAACAUUUUUCUGGCUUCUCAAAUGUCACAUGGCAAUAUUACCACCACACUGUCUAUCACAGACACCGUACCUGCCUCUACAGAGUUCGCGUUUACUGUUAAUCAAACAGAGUCACCACCACUAAAUGCCACCACAAUCGGAAUAAUAACAAGUCAUGAUUACAAUAUUACAGAUUUUUCUCAAAUAUCCGCAAUUUCAAAUCAGAAUGUAUCUUUGGCCACGACAACGGAGGGAGCUUCGAGCGAAAUACAAACAACAGUCAUUGAUACAAUUAUUUCAGAAACAAUAUUGAAUAAUUCAACGCACGACACGACAUCCAGUGAUCCUGCGACCCUAGCUUCUGACACAACGUCCAGUGAUCCUACAUCUUCUGAAACCACAUCCAGUGAUCCUACAUCUUCGGAAACAACAUACACUGGUCCCAUAUCUCUUGAAACAACUUCCAGUGAUCCGGCAUCUCUUGGAACAUCUUCAACUGAACCACCGACUCCCGAAUAUCUUUUCAAUGAUUCGAUCCCAACAGACACAACAAUCAAUUUAACCUCGAAAUUCCCCGACAAUGCCAUCAUAUUUUUUAACAAUGCUGAUGUGAAGCUAGAAGCAACAACUAGUAUUAAAGCUGAAUCAUUUGACAAACUUCCAGAUGAGGCACCUGGAGCUACAGCGAUAGGAUCUAUCUGGAUGAUCAUUCUGGUGGGAUUUGUGAUGCUAAUCGUUUUAGCAGAUAUGAGAAACCUCGUUAGAGAUAUCAAAAAACGAUGCCUCGCAAAUUGCAAGUCAUUUUUACUGCGUUAA